AUUGCCUCGUAGUCAACGCCAGUUGUGUUUUUUUUUCUUUACAAGUUGGCGACGGUUGAGAGAGCUCAAGUCAGAAACGCGUUUGUGUGGAAAAGAAAAAGAGAGGGAGAAGCUGUAGAUGUGAUUUUGAUCAGAUUCUCUUUCGAGUCUCUGAUCCCUUAUCGCCUUGCCUUCUUCCUCUCUAGAUUGGUCAUUCGAAAACAUGGCGCCGAAAUUCGAUACGGAGAAGAUGCAGGAACGCCAGAACUUCCGCAACGUCUGGCACACGGAUCUCACCCACAGCAUCCAGGGCGAUACUCCUUAUUGCUGCUUUGCGUUGUGGUGUGCCCCUUGUGCAUCAUACUUGCUUCGAAAGCGUGCGCUUUACAAUGACAUGUCAAGGUACACUUGCUGCGCCGGGUACAUGCCUUGUAGUGGCAAGUGUGGAGAAACCAAAUGUCCUCAACUCUGUCUUGCAACUGAGGUCUUUUGCUGCUUUGGAACCUCUGUCGCAUCCACUCGUUUUCUUCUUCAAGAUGAGUUCCAAAUUCAGACGACGCAAUGUGACAACUGCAUCAUCGGAUUUAUGGUUUGCCUCACCCAAGUGGCUUGCAUAUUCUCCAUAGUUGCAUGUAUCGUCGGCAUUGAUGAGCUUUCUGAAGCUUCUCAGCUGCUCUCUUGCUUAGCUGACAUGGUUUACUGCACGGUUUGCGCUUGUAUGCAGACACAACACAAGGUGGAAAUGGACAAGAGAGAUGGUAAGUUCGGUCCACAGCCAAUGGCAGUGCCUCCCCCUCAGGUAAUGUCACGGAUUGAUCAAGCAACUCCACCCGCCAUCGGUUAUCCUCCACAAGGCUACCCACCUUCUGGUUAUCCGCAACACCCACCACAAGGUUAUCCACCUUCUGGCUAUCCUCAACACCCUCCACAAGGUUAUCCACCUUCUGGCUAUCCUCAAAACCCUCCAGCUUAUCCUCAGUACCCUCCAGGUCCAGCUUAUCCUCCUCAGGCUUACCCAAAGUAAUUCCUCUUUGCGUGGUUUCUCUUCCGACUCGGGAGACUUCUAUUUUUUCUUCCUUUUAAAACACAUUCACAUUGUUGGUAUAUGCCGAGUGACCUCUGAUGUUGUUAUUGCCUGAUACAUCCCUCUUGGAUUGAGUCAUUUGAUAUUCUUCUUUUCAUUGUCUUUUGAAUUCUUUUAUGUGAAAUACAGAGUCCAUUACAAUUU